AUGAAUAGUCUUCGAAAGCUGAGAAACACCAUAAGGCGUCCAAAAGCUCACAGAAAUAUUCAACUCUAUAUUUACACUCCUCUUCCUGGCAACAAGCUGGGUUACAUAAUCGAGUAUCGCCAACGUCAUUUUAGUCAAGUUUUCUACUACAAAUAUAAGGAGAACGCGGAUGGCACCUUGACAAAGUACGGUUAUCUGAUUAAUGAUAGUGGGAUUAACAACAAUAAUAACGAUAGUGAUGAAAAUGAAGGUGGUGGCACUGGCGAACAUAAAAAAAGUGGUAAAAGAUUAUGGGCGAACAAAGAUAAAGAUUGUGUGUUCUAUCAAACGGUGGCCGAUAAAACACAAAUUGACUUGGAACGUCGAUGGUUAAACGAGAUAAGAGCCCGAGGAAGGUGGGAAGUACCGGUAACAACUGAUGAAGAAUUAAGCAAUGAAUACAAAGAAUGGGAAGAUGUGAUGCAACAUAACAACAAGGUUUUCAUUUCGGAUAAUAUACAACGUAGGCGGGUGGCCGAAGUAUUAUCCAAUGUGGAGAACUGUUGUGGAAUGGAACUCGAUUUAUUCAAUAAAGAACAAUCAAAAACAACCGUAGCAACCAACGUUGAGGGAAGACUUAGGCCGAAUCAACUUCCACCAUUGACUACCGUCCCAACCAAUCAAUUUAUGCCUCGACCAUCUUACGAAUCUCAAAAAAGCGGUGAUGAUACCUUGUCAGCCAGCUCCAUUCCUCAGCAUAUAAAAAACUAUAUUACCUAUACUCCUCCAAUUUCACCUAAAACUCCACCUAGCACUCCAAUAGAUGCAUCAGGCGCUGUUAGCAAUAACAGUUUGUUGAACAUUAAUGUCAGACAACGACAACAUCAUAAACAAAAAAGCGUAAGCUCCGUUAAUAAUUAUGAUGUCGGUGAAAAUAACGAUAAAACAAUCCAAAAUGAGAAACCUAGAAAAUUGGUACAUUUAACGCAUCCGAAAUUUAGCAAGAUACCACCACAAGUGCGUAUCUUUGAUCCAGAGGAUUUAUUAUUGUUCAGAAAUUGUCGAUGCGAUUAUUGUGUGGUUGGCGACUAUAACGAGUAA